UGUUUAUUUGCGACAAUUUAGAGAUAAGCUUGAAGUUCUUGACAUUAAACAAGAACAUGGAAAAGAAAAAAGAAGCACAAACUUGUUGUCAGCUUUGUAACACAACUCUACUAACAGACCAGGAGUAUUUUGAACACGAAUUUUCUUUGAUGCAUCACAUGAAGUUGGAGACAAUGAGAAAGGGGAGAAGUCAUUUCUGCACCUUAUGUAAGAUCAACAUUCCUGGUAUAAAAAAUUAUGCAGAUCAUCUUGAUGGAAGAAGACAUCAAAAAAAGUUGAAACAUGCAAGAAAUAUUUGUAAGGAGAGUUCAUUCAAAGAAAAAGACGUACAAAUUAUAGAUGAAGAACAACCAUAUGAUGUUCAGGAAGCUAUUAUACCAGCAAGUGUAUCUAAGGGUACAAGACGACAGAAGAAGAUAUCAAAUGAAAAUCAAAUUUGCAAAAAACAGACAAGGUUUUCUAUGGGUGGCCCACCUCAAGAUGACAUGAAGACAAGACAGUUUGAUAAUAUGCAAAACUUAGCUGAGGGUAGCCAGAUAUCUCAAGAAAUGCCAUCAGAAUUUCCUGAACCAUAUUUUUCAAGUACAUGGUCAUCUUCAUUUACUUACUCAAAGAUACUCCCAAAAACCAAAUUGAAAAUGAGCUCAGAAGUAUAUUCUAAUGAAGAAAACCACACAAAUAGGGUGUAUGAAGGGAGUUAUACAUCUAACAGGAAUAGUCAUUGGUUUGCAGACAAGUCAAGAUAUGAUUUUCCAUAUUCUAAAAAGAGAAAACAGCUCUCUAACAUUAAAGAGCCUGGACAUUACAAUUACAACAGCAAACAUAAAUGGUCUCGAGAGGAUCAGUAUAAUGAUAACUUUGAGACUGGACAAAGUAGUCAUUAUUAUUCAGCUGUUGAAAAUGUAUUUAAUGAUAGAUAUUUUAAUCAGUAUUCUACAAACCAAGAAUUUCAAAGUGCUCAUAAUUAUUUUACUGAUUGUAACAUUAAUGAAGCAGAACAAAAUCUGGAAGGUUUAUAUUCUCAAAAAAGAAAGAUAGAGAGAGAUUUAUCAAAUUUAGAUAGCCAAACUAAACCAGAAGUUCGUACGGGAAGAUUUCAUGACAGACCAUAUCUAGUCACAAGUGAAAAACAUGAAAAUAUAAAAUCCAAUAAUUUGUACAAAGGGAAAAAAAUUCAGAAAGCCUUCUCUUCUACAAAAAAAGACUAUAGAACAGAUUUAUCUGAAAAAGAUACUACUGUGCGUUGUGCCUCAUUGAAGGAAAGAAAUAAGAGUAAUCACAAAAACAGACGUUACGCAAGCUUCAGUCAAACAACACAUGGUGUAAACAGCAAAGCUAGGUAUAGUACUGAACCAAAAGAUAAUGAAAAACAAAAUGGUGUAAGUACAAGUAAUUCAUCCUGUCACAAAAAGAAUGUGAACCGUGCAUCUUCUCAUGAUAAAAAAUCAAGGAAUGAGAGGAUGUGCACUAAUAUCAGUGUGACCAUGAACACAACUUUGGAUAGUAAGUCGAAGCAUUUAGGAAAAAAAUCACUCUGUGUAAAAUCUAAAUCUGCAAAUGCUGAUUUUGGAGAGGCAUCACUAUUAAAUGUUGAAGAAACAAUAUCUGCAGUAGACAAGACAGAUAAUACCUCAUCUUCAAGAAGUUGUACAGAAGCUAUAAAAUCUCUAAAUUCUAAAACAGUACAAUCUUCCAGACAACUGGACACUGAAGGAGCUAUUUUUGAAGAAAAACCACUUUAUAGCUGUGAGCGGAUAAAUAAUAAUACUGAUAUUUCUGUAAACAGUGAUAAAAUACAAAAUGAAUCUGUUGGUUCAGAGAUGUUUUCAAAGGUUAAUAAAGAAAGGUCUAGAGAUAAAAUGCAGAUAAUGACUUCCAAGUUAGAAAGUCAACAUAAAGUAAUGACUGAAGAUUCACAUCAGUUUACAACCUCAUCUAAUGAGUUAGAUUCUCAAUCUUUGUCUUCAUCAGUUGGAAGUCAAAAGCUUGCAAAGCUCACAGAAGUAUUGGAAAAAUCAAAACAUGAGAUUAGUGCAUACAACAAAGAACUUUUGAGUCGCCUAGUGAACUUCCCCCGCACAAGAAAAGAACAAAACCAGCUAAAAAAAUGGAUUCAUGACUAUACUCAGUCAUCUAAGAAAUUGACUCUUCCCAGGUUCAAUCUAAGAAUGGGUCAUAGCACUUCAAAGGAAUGUUCUCCUUCAACAAAUGACAUUGACCCAAAGUUAAACAGUCUUGUGACAGAAGUAGAACUAAGUGAACUUUCCAUUGAUGUUCUCAGUAGUAUAGCACAUAUGUUAGAGGAUGAUAGUGAAACAGAGAUAUUUUCAUUAACAGACUGGGAUUCUUCUCAUAGAACUACGUGUUCUAAUUUAUCAGUUACAGAGAAAAAAAUAACUGAGAGGAGCAAACAGUCAUCAGUGUUAGAAAUGAAGUCUCAUGAUUCAUGUCCACAGUUUGAAUUGUGUUCAGUUAAUAUGGGUUUAGAAAGUGGUUCUGUACCACAAGACAUUUUCUUAAAGCCUCAUCCAUUAAAAAAGAAUAAACCAGACAAUGACUCUCAACAAACUUCUAGUAAACAAUUUCAGAAAGUGAUGGACUCCACAGAAGUGAUCAUCAAACAAGAAUGUCAAUGGGACAGAAAUGAAACACGAUCUCAGAGUAUUGAAAAUGAAAUCACUGGUUCUGUGUUUCCAGUGGGAAAGCAGCAAAGAUGUCAGAAAAGUAGCAUGUCAGAAACACAAAUGUCAGUAUGUCAAGAUAAAUGUAUGACACCAAACCUAGUUGAUUUAGCAGUUUCUAUUAAAACUGAACCUCUUGAGCCAAAGGAAUCUUUAGCAAGCACUUAUCUGAAUAGUGAUUUUGUUGUACAAGAGAAUGAAUUAAAUAUUGCACGUACAGAUGUCAAUACCUCAGAAACUGAAACUGAGCAUAAUGUUACCCAGUCUUUCAUGGAAACUUCUAAAAAACUGAAUAAUGAGUCGCAGUUUAGUACAGAAGGUUUUACAGUGAAUGGGAGACAUGUUUUUCUCAACUGUCAAAAUAAUGACCAAAUAUUCAGUGACUCGUGCCUUCCUGAUGACCAUCAAAGUCAAAUUCCCACUAUUCCACCUUCUAUGUCAGUUCUACCUGUUUUUCCUGCUCCUUCCUUGGAAAGCAUUCCAUCACUUAUUGACUCAGACUUAAAUUCUAGUAAAUGUCAAUCAGCAUUUUCACCUUCUGGUGUCCUUUCUCGAGAAACUCUUAAAGAGCUGAUGACAGUGACCAAAGAUGAAGAAACCAUCCAGUCUGAGUUGAAGAUAGCCAACCAGACAGUGGAACAUAUUUUAAAAUAUUUACAAAUGUGGAAGACCAGAAAAUUAGAGUUACAAAAAGUUGAAAAGAAGCUGAGAAUGAGGAGAAAUCAACUUGUAAAGAAACUUCAAGGGAAGAAAAGAAAGACAAAAGACUUCCAGAAGACUACACAAAAGGCUGAAACUGAAGCUACAAGCUGUUCUGAAGAUGGGUCAUCAACGCCCGCCCAAGAAAAAGAAUUAGGAAACUCUAUGGAAGAUAAGUCCACAGAUAUGUCCUUCUUAGCUACUACUACACCGAAUGUUUCAUUAACAACAGUUGACCUUCCAAGUAAUAGCAGCACUAUAAUAAAUCCAAUUAGCACAACAUCUUCAGUAAAUGACUCAAUAAAAGUCACCUAUUUGGGAGCUUUUGGUCAGUCAAAUAUGAAUAUGGUCCAAGAAAUAGCGGGAAUUUUACAGAGACAAGGUUGCUCAAAAGUAAAUGCUGAGAACUUGUUAAAUUCUGUGAGUACAAGUCAUGCAGAUUCAACAACAGAUCUAACACAUGAAACUGUCACAAAACGUAAACCUUCAGAUUCAAGUUUACAAGAAAAGGUAACAAUUGCUGAAGCUAAAACAAACACUUCAAAAAAGCGAAAAUUAAGUACAGAAGCUACAAGUUCCUCAGAAGCAUCUACUGUGGAAGAAAGUGACUGUAGCCUUUCUAAGAAACAUAGAGUUACAGCCAAAUCAAAACAUUCAGUUACAAAAACAACCGACCAGACAGUUUUACAGCCAGAAGUAACUUUUAUUGAAGAAACUAUAUGUGUCUCUCCAUUGAAAAAACGAAAAAAGAUGGAAAAAUCAAAAAAGUUUUCAACUGUUUCUGAAGAUAAAACAACAAGACAGCAUAUAGUAGAGAAUGAGUCAUUUUCAAAACAGUCAAGGAACAAGAAAAAGAAAUGCUCUACUGAAGAAAAGCUUUUGGAUGAUGUUAGUGAAUCUGUAUCAGGUAUCACGGCAAAAUCAAGACAAUCUGAUGCCACUUCCAAAACAGCAGAAUAUCAAGUGGAAUGGCAAGCACUACAAAAGGAGAUUCAGGCUCAUCAAAGUGCUGUUGUUGUUGUCAAGAUCCAUCAAGGAUACCUAUACUCUGCCUCAUCAGACACAACAGCUAAAAGAUUUGACCUCCAGACACUAGAACACAAGACCACAUAUAAAAACCACAAGAAACUUGUAAGUGCCUUACAUGUUGAAGACAAGAAAAAUGUGGCCACGUACUUAUAUUCUAGCAGUCAUGAUGGAUUUUUACGUUGUUUUGAAGUUCAGAGUGGUAAGUGUUUGCAAGAGAUUAACUUAGGUUCUGGAAUCUUAUGCAUGACUGCAGCUUGGGGUAGGCUCUUCUUGGGUCUGAAAACUGGAUACAUCAUUCCUUAUAUUAUACAGAGAGAAAAAAUGCUGAAACCAUUGCCAUGUUCUUCUAGCUCCAUUAGUCGCAUAUUUGCCACCACUGAAGGUCUGCAGAAAUUAUUGUGUGUUGCAGCAUAUGAUGGUCUUAUCACGGUACGAAAUUCUAACACAGGCUUGCUUCUUCGUUAUUUUGAACAACCAGUCCAACCUCCCUGUUGUCUGCAGUUUGUAGGAACUACUGUUUAUGUUAGCACAGCCAAGAAAACUCUUAGAAUUCAUGAUUUUUUGACUGGUAAACUUGAGAAAACAUUAGAUUGUAAAUCUUCAGCAACAGGCAUGGAGGUGCUGGGGGAUAAGUUGCUUGUAUCAUCCUUUGAUGGGCUUGUUCGUUGUUACAGAAGACAGGAUCUCAGUUUGCAGUGUUGUUUCUACGGAGCUGGCAAGGCAAUGGUUUUAUGCUUAGAUGUUUUUAAAAAUAUGAUUGUAACAGGAAAUCACAAGGGGAAAAUUGAAGUUUUGAAGUUUGAUCCUUCUAAAGGUUUAGUAUGCAUGGAACCUCAGUGUGGACUAACUUUUACCAGAGAUGAAGAUUUGGAUUUCCAUAAAGCUAAUGAUCAUCUAUCACCAACCUAGAUGAAAAAAGGGAAAUUCAUUGCCACAGUUAUGGGUAAGCUAUGACAGCAAGGUUCCUGCUGAGUGUACAAGCAGAGAUAUAAUAUAGAUUUCUUGUCUUUUGGAAAGCGAGAUUCCUGUUGAUUGUACACAUCUUUGUGUCUGCCGUUUAUUUCUUUUAAUAUAGAAUUUUGAAAACCUGUUUGAUAAGUCUUUAUGUAAAUAAAUAACAGUUUUUUUUGAGUAUUUAAUUUUCUGGCUUGUUCUUUUUGUUAACACUUAUGUAGAAAAAAAAAUGUGGUGUAUUUUUAGCCAUGGCUCAAGUACAGAUUUUUUGCUCAUAGCUCCAUCCCUUGACCAAUUUGAUGUCUAAUUACAGUCACAACUAUUGAGGAUUCCUUCGUUUUUCUUCGCACCACAACUUACUUGUAUUUUUAAACAUUCAAAAUGCACCUUUGCUCUAUAAAACCAUGUAGUUGGAUAAAUGAAAGUACUUGACUUUAAAUUGAUGGUUCUUGUUAAUAUGAAUAAUGAUUUUUACACACCUUUUAGUCAAUUUAUAAUCCUUUUGUAAUUGUUUAUUUACAGAAGCAUGUAGAUAAAUUUUCUAUUAACUUAACAGUAAGCAUAUGAGCAUCGAGGUUACUGUGGUGCAGAAGCAUAAUACAAAUUUUAGUUACCUUGGUUGGUACAUGAUUAGCACUGAAGUGAGUGUUUAUCAUAAAUCAGUAAUUACUGGACUGUUGCAUGCGUUUUGAUAGAAUUGUGGCAGUUACUUUUAAGAUCAAUCUGGCAGUCUUGAUUAACUGAGCAUACAGAAUUUUAAGUGCCAACAGAUCAAUACAUGAACAAAUAAUGAGAACUAAGAAAGUUAUGAACUUGAAUGAGUUUUGUGCUAACUCUAAUUAUAACAAUGAAUGUUUAAAACAAUGUUGCCACCCUGAGGCAUUGCCUUUUACUUUAUCAGAACUGUUUUACCAAAUAAAGAAUUAAAAAUCAUUUUUGGUUAACAAAACACACUCAAGGUCGAUGUACUUUAAAAUAUAUUCUUACAACAAAAAUUAUUUUUAGAUUUAAGGACUUAGUUCUCAAUAAUAAUAAGUCAUUCACUGUAAACAAGUUUUAAUGUCUUUACUUCGUAAAAGAAGUAUGUUCCACUCACCUAUAGGGGGCUCUACUCAUCAACUAAAUUGGGGAAUACAAUAACUAUAGUUUACCAAGUAUAUAUGGAGUGUAACUGUUGCAUUUGAAGAUGAAAAGUUUAUCACAGUGAGUACAGCUGAGGAAGAAGUGCAACUGAGAAUUCAAAAGUCUAGUGAUUGUCAGUCUGAAGCUAGAACAAACAUUUCGCUUAUCCUAUUCUCUUCAUAUCAUGAUCUUCUAAUACAAAUUUACUCAAUUUAAUCUUACUUGUGUACUUAGAAUGAAUAAGGUGGUAGAAAUAUGUGGACUAAAUAUAUAAAUAAAGAUUGACAGAGCACAGUGACGAGCAGGGGUAUAAGUAAACAUAUAUAUAUAUAAAAAGAAUGAAUACCACAUAAAAUAUUGAUGUAAGGUAAAGGAAAAUUUACUUUUUAAGUCUUCUCUAAAACAUGACCAAAAAGAAAAGAAAUUUGUAAAUACAACAUUACACCAAACUACCCUUAGUCCAGUAGAACUUUAAGUUACUUUUCUGCUUUGUUUUAUGAGUUCCUACUGUAAUUGUUUUAGUUAGUACAUGCUGUUAUAAGAUAUCCCAUCAUAUGGGAAUAUAUUUAGUAUUUCUUCUAAAUAUUAUACAAGUAAUAAAAAAAAAUUAUUGCAAAACUUAAGUAUAAUGUAAGGAUAGCAAUGCUAA